AUGAGCAUAUGGCCUUUUGAGGCUAAUCAUUGCUUCGAGGUACCAAUUGCUAAAUAUGUAUCGCAAGAUGAAAAUAGUGAACAUUCCCUUAAUAAUAAGUCAAUAUUGCAAACAAUAAAACUACCUAGUUCGAACUUGUUUGUUUUACUGACAGACUGUGCUGUCUUUUUGUACAAUUCAGAACCCUUAUGUCUGAUAUCUUGCCAUAGAAGCUCUAUCAAGGCCAUCGAAAGAUUCGGCAAUAACAAGUCUAUCAUCCUCAAUGAUGGACAACAACUACAUGGAGAUAUAAUGAGAAAGGAACAGGGUAAAGCGGAACGCAUCAGAAAGGAUAUCUAUUUCUAUGUGGUUACUGAAAAUAACUUUAUGCUAGUAUAUCAGAUCUCAUCUAAUUCUGAUGGAUCUAGUAAUUUUGUGGAUUACGACCUGCAUGUUUCUAAAUCCCUUAGGACACGUUUAGAGAUACAGGAAAAGUUUGAGGCUGACAAUAAUGAAGAGAAUGAAGUUCUGAUUGUUUACGAUAAAUCUGAUUCCAGCAAAAUUAUUCAAAGUGGUUAUGCUACUCAUAAACAACGGGGAUUUUUACAGUUCUUGACUAACAAUAAUGCAGAAGAUGAGAAUGAAUCACCUAUAAAUAAGUCGGAAUUAAACUUAAAAGUUGUUCUAUCUUUUGAUCAUGGGAUUAAUGAUGUUAUUGGUGAGAGUCUUGGAAAUAUAGGAGACGGUCAGAGCCAACAAUCGCUAACAAUGCUGUUUGAUAAAGGCUUACAAUUAUUGGAAUUAACUAAUUUCAAACUGCAGGAAAGUACAUUAAUUGAGGUUCAAGGCGGCCGUUCACUUCUUUCUAUUGAAGGUAAACUAUUCAUUAUAGCUCUAAAAAACGACAAGUACUUCUCUAUUUGCAGUAUUGAUGUUGUUAAAAAGCGUAUCAUCAAGGAAAUGCAGCUAACGGAAGUCUUAAAGGCAUCACUCUUAUCAUCAUUUGCAUACCAUAACAAUAUAAUUAUUCUUGUGUUUCAGAAUGAAGUAGUUUAUUACAACUUGGUUUCAGAAGAUGUGAUAGGAAGACUAAAACUGAGUGGCGGAAUACGAAAAUCAAGUAGGUUAACUGAUGACUUGAUGGCCUUGUUUAUGACUGAUGGUACCAUAAAAGUAACUAGUGUAUGGGGUAAUACUCUGUUCGUUUUACCCAUUAACGACCACCUUGGGAAAGCUAAUCUUCCUACUGAUAUUGCCUUUUUUGAUAAAACUUUAAUUGUUAGUACUAAUGAAGGAAACAUUUUGGUAUGGUCUAUGUGGACAGAAAUUAGUACUUCAAUUGGUGAUCUCAGGCAAAAUACUCCAUUUCUGUUGCAAAAUAAAAAGGGAGACGUACAGGUCUACUCGCCGAUAAGUGGAGGGGAUUUCAAUCAUAAUAUGUUCCAGUUAUUGAAGUUCCCGACUAAAACAGCUAACAAUUAUAUUCCAAUUGUACGACUCAACGAUAACCAAAGUAUCCUUGCCGUUUAUGUUGCCAAUAAGGGCGUUUUGUUGCUUAACUUUUUAAACCUGGGCAAAUUGCUAUCAUUUUCAGAUGUUAAACUAUUGGAUUGUUACUGGAUUAAAAGUAACUAUUUACUAUGUCACUUCGGUGAUAGUUCUGGUAGGGACUUUAUGCAAUGUUUCCAUUUUCCAUCCCAAGGAAACCAUUCUGCAGAACUGAAUGAUUAUACCAUCUGGAAAUGGAGUGUCCCUCAUAAUAUAACUGUAAGGCAGAUGUUUGUUAAUACUUUCUCAAAAUACAAAUCUGUGAGAAUUAAAGCUAAAAAUGGAGAAGAAAAUCAUGAUAAUUUACUUAAAACAACAGAAAUAGUCCUGCUUUGUGAGGGUGGAAAGGUCACUACCUUUGAUGUGCUCUGCAUUGUUCAUCCAUGUGGGGUAAAUAUUAUAAGGCAUUUCCAUCACUUUAAAGAGUAUCAGUUACCCAUUGACCUUAUUCGGCAUUUGAUAUGGAUUUAUAGCUGGAAGGGUGGCUUUAUUGCGUUAAGCGCCUCUACUGUCUACAGGAUAGAAUUUGACGCAAACUAUGAAUACACAACAGUGUCCUUGUUAGAAAAAGUGGAUAGAAUUAUUGAUAUUGUGGGUGAAAGCAUAUGCCUUGUUGUGGGAAAUGACUUUUUAGUAUAUGACAUCAACGAUCUUUGGGAGCAAAAGGCACCAACGGUCAAGAUACCGUUGGUUGAGGAAGAAUAUCCUAUUUGUGUUUCUGUUCAAACUGCAGCUAUUCAUAAUAUGAAUUACCUCGAUGAAAAGGCUUUCAUUAAACUUUCAGUCGAUUCUCACAUUUACCUUGAUCACAUAAUAGCUAAACUUGUGGAUGGUUCAAUUCCUCCGGAAGAGAUCCAUAACAGAUAUGGCGCCUUAAAACACUACAAAUUCGUUCUGGAAAAGGUGUUAUCCUCAAAGGUCCUAAAUAAUGAAUCUUUGGAUGGUAUAUUAAACCUGCUUGACGUUUACGAUACAGAACUGUCCCUAAAUACACCGGGGAGACCUGUCAGCGGCAAGAUCGAAAUAGUGGGGAACUGUUUACGUAAGAUAGAAACCAAGCACUGGGAUUACUUAUUUCACAACCUUAGAUUGACUCCCAGGGAUCUGUUAGAGAGAUGUACCGAGAACGGAGAUCCCAAGAUCCUUGGGGUUUUGUUAGUGGUUUUCCUAAACUACGACGAGAAUAACUUGCUCUAUUCCGCAAGAAACGCCAACGAAAAGGCAUCAAAAUCUAAAAGUAACUCUAAAAAAGGCAAAAAGCACAAGCAGAAUAAAAACUACAGUAAAAAGAACCACACCCAUGUAGAAACGGUGCUUCGUGAUGAGGAAUUGAUUCAGAGAGUACUGCAUGUUCUGGUCACCUCCGCCAGUAACUCCGCAAUACCACAAGAGGCACAGGAAUAUUGGGAUAUGGCAUUGCAAGUCGUGAGGUUCACUAAAGCACUUGACAAGCAGAAUGAAUCUACAUUAGCUUCCAAGUGCAUGAAUCAGUUAUAG